UUUAAAAUCUCUGAGAGUCAGUGACGCACGAUUCGAAAUUCGGUGAAUAAUGGGCUCGUCUGUCUAUCCUUCUCCACUUAAAUAUCAAGCUUCGGUGAAUAAUGGGCUCGUCUGUCUAUCCUUUUCCAUUUAAAUACUAGGCUUUUGUUUGUGACAUGUUCUAGCCUUAUCCCAACUAUUAAGCUGAGAGUCAAUAACACACGAUUCAAAAUUCGGUCUCUACUUAAAUAUCAGGCUUUUUUUGUUUGUGGCAUGUUCAAUUUUAUCCCAACUAUUAGGCUUAGAUCUUUAGACUAUAGAAGCCUCCACCUAAUUUUGAAAAAAAGAAAGAAAGAAAAGAAGUCUCCUUAAUUACCUAAGAUUAGUUAUUUUUGACUAUUUUAUUCUUCAUAUACAUAUACUAACAACACAUGGAUUGAAUCACACCCUCUUAUACCCCCCCCACCCCCCCAACCCCCAAAUGUCCAACUCACAUUUUCUAUAUAUACACAUAGGACUAGUGUACUACUAAAAGUAGGAAACUUUAGGGACUUACAAAAAAUGGGAAGUUUUCAAACAAAGGAGAAAAGAUACCCAAAAGCCAAAGUGGUUGAAGGUUUGAAGUAUAAUGUAAGAUAUCUUAAAGCUGAGGUGAAUGAAAUAAUGUGCAUGAGGGAACAUGAAAGUCAAGUUAAUGCACAAGAGAUGAUUAUAUUUGCAUUGAAAGAAGCAGAAUGGAAGAAGGAAAGGAAGAAACUAAGAGAGGAAGUGAAGAAGCUGAGAAGGAAGUUGGAAGCAAAAGAAGAAGAAGAAGAAGAAGAAAAAAAGUGUAAUGUAAAAGAAGAUAAAGAGUGGCAUCAAUUAGCAACAAGUUAUUUGUUUGAGCAAAUUAGGCAUGAGGAAGUUAGAAGAGAUGAGGCUAUUGACAAGUGGAAACAACUUUAUUUUGCCAUCAAGAUUGAGCUUGAUGAUCUUAUUCAUAGGACAAAUCAAGGAGGACUUUACUGGGAAAUUGAACAAGUGAAGUUAUUAGAGGAGCUACAUAGGGAGUUGCAAGAUAAAGAGGAAAAGAUUGCACUUCUAAAAGAGGAAAUAGCUUCAAAGGAACAAGAAGAACUCAAGAGGGAAAGGGAGAUAGACAUUUUGAGACAAAGUUUGAAAAUAAUGAGCUACAAUAUGAAGGCAACAAACUUUUCUAAGAAUCUAUCAAAAAGUUUGCAUAUGUAAAAGGUUGUCAAUUAAGAAAAAUGCUAGUACUAGUUUUUUUUUUUUUUUUCUUUCACCUGGUGUCCAAUAUCAGUACUGAAACUCCAGUUAAUUUGGAUUAACGUUGCGUGAAGGCUCUUUACAGUACAUUUCUAUACUCAAAAGUUCGAAUUCGAGAUUUCAUCCAUGCCAGCACAACCCCGAUGGUAAUGAUACUAAUGUUUAGUAAAAUAUAGAAUUAGUGAUGUUCCUCUAGAUUGUAUGUUUCUUUAACGCCAUUUUUGGUUGUUUGUGAAGUGUACUUCUUGUCAAUCU